AUGGCUUCUUCUUCUCUCACUUGGAAACAUGAUAUCUUCCUGAGCUUCCAUGGAGAAGACGUGCGCAAAAACUUUCUUAGUCACUUGUUGGAAAAGCUCAGAAGCAAUGGAAUCAGUCCUUUCAUUGAUAAGGACAUUCAGCUAGGCCAGUCUAUCAGUCCCGAACUCAAACAAGCGAUCAGAGAAUCAAGGGUUGCUGUUGUCUUGCUAUCCCGUAACUACGCUUCUUCAAGCUGGAACCAGACCGGAGAUUUUGGAGAGGCCUCUGCCAAAACCUGUGAUGGAAAACCAGAAGAUGUGAAGCAGACAUGGCGGCAAGCUUUGGAGGCUGUUACGAAGAUAGCUGGGUAUCACUCUCGCAACUGGGACAAUGAAGCUAAGAUGAUCGAAAAAAUUUCCAGAGAUCUUAUGAAAGUGUUGGUGUUUACACCAUCAAAAGAUUUUGAUGAAUUUGUUGGCAUGAAUGCUCGUAUCGAGGAGAUAAAGUUGUUGUUGAGCAAACAAGCAGAUGAUAAAGUUAAGAUCAUAGGGAUCGUGGGUCCUGCUGGAAUUGAGGAAGUAAAGAGAUGCCUUCUCUUGGUGGCUCCCAUCAUCAAUUUCAGUUGGACUGUCAGAACAGUUGGUCACUUGGGAGUGGCUGAGCAAAGGCUGAGAAACAAAAAAGUGUUGAUUGUUCUUGAUGAAGUGGAUUGCUUGAUGAAACUACAGGCAAUGGCAAAUAAGCCUGGUUGUUUUGGUCCCGGAAGUAUGAUUAUCAUUACAACCGAAGAUAGAAACCUUCUCAAGGCCCAAGGCAUCAAAUGUAUGUACGAUAUGAAACUUCCAGGUCAGGUUGAGGCAUUUGAGAUCUUCUGCCGAUAUGCUUUUCGUCAAAAAACUCCAGAUGCUGGUUUUUAUGGGCUUGCUCGGGAAGUUACUGAGCUUGCUGGUUGUCUUCCUCUAGGCCUGAGAGUCUUGGGAUCAUAUCUACGAGGAAAGUCCAGGGACGAGUGGGAAAAUGCACUACCAAGGCUCAAGUCUAGCCUUGACAAAGGAAUUGAAUCAAUUCUAAUGUUUGGCUACAACGGCUUACCUCAUUAUAAAGAUAGAGCUCUUUUCCUAUUGUGA